UGCCCUUUGAAAGAAUGACAGACCCAAGCCAAUUGCCCCACCCGAUAUUAUCAACAUGAUGUAUAUAUAAGAAGGAAUAUCUACUCAUUGGUCAUCCAUCAUCAAAGGAAACACUGAAAGCUGCCUUUAAGUUGUCAUUCCAGAAUCUAUUUGGUCUCUGGUUAAAUCUUUGCCAUCCCAAUAAAACAACAACAUGCAGAAGUGCAUUUUACUGGCAGGUUUCUACCUGUUUGCCGCUCAGCUGGGUUCAACCACAAACAUUGUGUGUCAAUAUGAAAGCACAUCAGCUGUACACAGCAGCCAAUUCGAUAUUGCCCGAAUUAGUGGGGACCUGUGCACCCAUCUGAUCUACAGCUCUGUCAACAUUAAUUCCAAUUUUGAAAUUUCGCCAACAACUGAUGAAUUUAAAAAAAUGAAUGCCUUUACUGCAAUAAGCAGCAGCCAGAGUUCGUCGGUGAAAAAGCUUUUAGAGGUCAACUUGACAAUCAAUACACCAAUGGUCUUUGGAGACAGGCAUUCGUUUAUACUAAACACAAUUACCUUCUUGAGAGGACAAAACUUUGAUGGGAUCAACCUCUGGUGGGGGACUGAACAAGUUACGGCGAAUACCAUUUCGCUCAUCUCGGAAUUCAGAACCAAAAUCAAUCAAGAGGCACGUUUAUUUGAAAAGCCUCAACUGCUGCUCACUAUGAGUGUCCCUGCCAUACAUUUCAAUAACAUCCAUUUGAUUGCCAGUGAUGUAGAUUUCUUGAAUGUGAUGACAUCAGACAUUGAAAAAUACAUUAAAUCGCAGAGACCAUCUUUAUGGUCUACAACUGAUUCAUACAAUGAGGCAGUCAACGCGAUGUACAACUGGAGAGAUGAGGGAGCACCAGCCAAUAAGCUUAACAUGGGAAUUGCAGUGUUUGCAGAAACUACUUCUGACACCGCAAGCACCUUUACCGAUUUACCCCGAGGUUUCAUGCCCCUUUCUGAGGUGUGCAAUUGGAUUCAUUUGAAGAGUCCGUUAGUGGGUGAGAUUACCUUCGACACUCAAACUGAAAUCAUUCAAAAGGCGAAUUUUGUUUCCACAAACCAUUUUGGAGGAGUCUUUGUCAUGUCUCUGAACCUGGAUUACUUUGACGUAGAGUUCUGCAAUGGCCGGUUUGGUGAGAUUGGACCUUAUCCAGUCAUCAAAACUCUGAAGAACUACUUCAAGUAAUCACAUUUACAUACCUUACAUAAGUGAAUGGUUUCAUUAUAUUAAAACAUUAAGUCUGCUUUGUCAUACAGAAGAACACAAGCAUUUUGUGGGCGGCCUGCUCCACAGUUAUUAGUUAAUUGGGGUAUUUUUACCUAAAUGUGGGAUGAACUGUUGAGUAUUUUUAUUUCUGGAUGGGGGGGAAAAAAAUCAAUUUUUCAAUGGUGAGCUUGUAUGACUCAGGGUUUUUUUUGGGUGGGGGGUACCGUAUCUAUGAAUUAAAAAUUGAAAUCCAC